ACUACAAUAUAAGAUGAUGACGCCUUUCUUGGAAUAAGGGGAAUUAGAGGCGCGUUUGCUGUCAUAUUUGUGCACUGUGGUUUGUAUAACACCCACAAUAGCGUUCUUUUAUGUAUAAGAACAGUGUUAAAAUGAGGAUUGGACGUCUGUAAUUACGGGUCAGGCUUUCUUCAUGUUCACACGCACAGGACUGUCCUCGGGUUUUCUGCGGGUGUGCUCUACUGCGGACGAGCCCAGUAUCCUGAAGUACCGACGGGGGGAUGGGUGGCGGUACCGAUUGGUCGCUGAAAGACGGAGGCACAGACAGACAGGGCUUGUAUUAAAGCCGGGGGCAGGUCGACGGAAAGGGGGAAAAUCACCAUAUAUUUAAAAUGCAAUUGAUAAUGUGACGUGACAAGGUAACUUAAAACUUUUGCAGCACUUUGAUACUUCGCUAAAAGGGAACGAUUGUCCUGGAAAGUGAAGCACAUUAAUGCAUUUAUGUUUUGAAGUGAUAGCUUGUUGAAGUGGAGCGAGCAUGAGCGCAGGAUUCUGGCCUAGUGUUGCAGCCGCUGGGAUUUUGCAGAUCCGCUUUCACAAAUUCGAAAAAAAUCCCGUUAGAUGUCAAUUUUUGGUAUGGUUUCAGUUGUUUUUGUUGUGACCGACAUAUAAAUGGACGGAGCCAUGCCAGCAUGAAUCAGUCCUACGAGCUGACCAUCCGGGAUGCCCUGGAGUGCUGUUCCAGUCCUCUGGGGCUGCCGGACUCCGAAGGCCCUGUCUGUGGGACCCAGUAUGGCCCCGAGGCUGGGCUAGAUCUGUGUGCCCUGGAGCUGCCCGCUGUGCCCGCUGUACCCGCUGUACCCGCUGUGCCAGCCUACAGACCCGCGCCCAGCCUUGCGUACGGUCCGCAGGACUCAGCCUACUCUUACAGCCCCCUCCGCAGGCUGCAGGACCUCACCUCCAUGGUGAGCCUCCCGGACCUGGCUGUGCCGAACCUGGCUGUGCCGGACCCCCAGAAGGCCCUGAGGGGCGGGGCACGCACGGCCCGGGAUGAGCUCAGGUGUGCCCUCGCCUCACCUGGAGCGAGCCGCGGCGCGGCGGCCGCGCGUCCCGGGGGUCAGGGCUUCUCCCUGCCCAGUCCGGACUACUCUGCGGAGUUCUGCAGUCCUGUCCCCAACGGCUACCUGCACUUUGAGUCCACUUUGUUUGAGAACGGGGAGCGGAAGGAGGAGCAGGAGGAAGAGGAAGAGGAGGAGGAGGAGGAUGGGGCAGCGCACUUUAAACACGGGCCGAAGAGAGACCGGAAGAGGAACGCUUUUAACGGAAGCGCCUCCAGCAGCUCCAGGGUGGACCGGCCUGCAGGUGCAGGGGAACGAGGUGUUCCCAGCCCGAUGGUGAGAGAGGUGGAGGAGCUGAGCGCCCCGAAAGAGCGUUCCCCGUGCCCCGAAGGCCGGGGCGGGGGCUGGGCGGGGUCCUCGGAGGUUUCGGAUGAAGGUUCGAGCCACGACUACAAAGCACCCCCACUCGGGACGAGCCCUUCCGCAUUUGGGAAGGGUGCCUCUGGCUCCGACCCCUCCCACACCGGAGCUGAACAGAGCACCAUCUCACCCGAUGGACAUCAUGCCAACACUCCUAACAGCCCAAAGAAGAAGCACCUUCCCCUGUCCAGGUACAGUGUGGGGGACCUGGUGUGGUCCAAGUUCAACCGUAGACCAUGGUGGCCCUGUCAGGUGACCAGCGACCCUCAGGAUGGAACUUACUUCAGAAUAAAAGACUCUAGCGACAGGCAUUGCCACCAGUACUUCAUCAGGACUUUUGGGGAAGUGGUGGAGCAGGCCUGGGUCCCUUUGAAAGCCACGCACACUUUUGAGGGCGGAUACCAGUUUGAAAACCUGCCAGUGCUGAGAAGGAGAGGACGGCAGAAGGAUGAAAACUACAGAUACUCGAUACCCAAGCGCUACACGGAGUCUUGGAAAGCCAGUGUGCUGGAGGCAGAAGCAGAGCUUCUGAAGAAGGUCCUUCUCAAUUCUCGUAUGGAAAAGAGCUGCUCUGAUAGGCCCAUAUCACAGGAAGAGGACAAGGCCUCAGAGGCACCUCCUUCUGUUGCCACAGUAACAGCUAAGUUGGAUCACCUGCCUGACAAAACGGAAAAGCUCUCCAAAAAGCCUUCCGGGACAAAGGAUACCAGUAAGAAUUGCCCACCGAUUAAAAAGAACUUGUCCAAGUCAACUGUCGCCAAAAAAACAUGUUCAUCAACCAAAAAAUUACCUAGAAAGGCAGGGGAGAUUGAAAGAGGUUAUGCAGACUCCCCAUACUCUGAUAUCGACUCUGUUCCAAGGAUUCUGUGUUCUAAAGCCUUUGAACAACCCUCCAGACUCAACCAAAGUCAGUGCCCCUUGCCUCCUGAGAGAGACGUGAGGAAGAAACCAGCACGUAAGAAUCUCGGAGGUCUGUGGUUUAACAGGGCUCAUGAAUCUUCCACUGAAGAUGCCAACGGUGCAGUCUCGGAUUCUGAGACGGACUUCUUUGGUGAGCUGAACUUCCCAAAGGUGAUCCAGGGAAUUCCCGGCUGCGAUCGUAAGGAGGACUCCAGGGCUCAGAGUCGUCCUCCAGAGGAGCAGCCAGCCUUAUCUCUCUCCGCCAGCAACCGCCUGAUGACCAGGGCCCUGAAAGCCAUGGAAGAGAGGAAUCUCAAAGAGAGGAUGAUGUCCGCCAGAGCCUCUGGGUCCACACGGGAAAACGGUCUCGCUUCAGCCGAAUCCCCUCCUCCUCCUGAGCAGUCAGAGUCAGAGGGCGACAGCCGCGCACAGUUAAAAUCACCAGUGGCUGCCAGCCGUGACUCGAACCAUGAGAGGACGCCCUCACCUGCGCGCAACAGUCGCUCACUGAAAUUUGCAAGUAUGAAAACUAAGAGCUCCAAUGGCCCUCUGGUGAAAUCUGAAGAUGAGGGUUGUGUAAUAUCCCGUGAUUUUGUUCACCGCUCUCCCGCUCGGCUCACAAAGGAAGGCGGUGUGUCGGACUCUUGUUCCUCCCCAGUUCUGUCUCCAGUUGAGGUCUUCCAAGAAGGCAGGGAGAUAUCCUUUAAGUCCCUUCAGGGUGAAAAGGGUGACUCGGGUAAACCAGCUACCAUCCGACCGGAUGCGAACUACAAGUUCAGUACCUUUCUGAUGCUGCUGAAGGACAUGCACGAUAGUCGUGAAAUGGAUGGGAAGCCUUUGGCGCUGACGCCAGGUCAGUCCAGUGCCCUCAUCAAAGAUGAACCGUCUCUGAUACCUCCUCAGCCAGGAGGAGAUUCAGGGAGUGGGGUUAAGGAUGCUAAUAGUCAAUAUGACAAACAUGAUGAAGGGAAAGGCCAGGGGGCAGCUGUGACUGCACACACUAAAUCCAAGCGAACGCGGGAGAGGCCAGACCGGCGGAAAGGAGGCUGCACCGGCUCUGCGGUCCAGAAACGCAAGCAGGCCGCAGAUGCAGUGCAGGGUUCUAAGAAGCGCUCCCGAACAAGCCGCCCCUCGACAGCAGAGACGAACGCCGUCGAUGUGCCUUUGGGUCUGCCUGAGCACGCUUACAGGAGGGACCAUGUAACUGGUCACGGGGGAGCUCCAGAAUUAGGAUCCUCUCUCCGCUCUGGAGAAACGUCACAUGUUCAGGAGAGCUGCCCUGAUGGACACGCCCAGGGUAACCGCACCAGCGUGGCCCCGAAGAAGCGCUGGCAGAAUUUUGAGCCAGCCGCCGGGACGGCAGAGGCGGAGGAGUACGGCGACCGUCCUGGGACAGGACGACCCGCCACCAAUGUGCCUUCAGAGCCAGGUGGGUUAUCCAGGGAUGGGACAGCUGCCGAAUCAGGACGGGGCAGGUCCUCUCAGCCAAAGAAGUGUGAGAACAAGCCGACUGGAAGCAUCGCUCCCGGAGUGACUGAGGGGAGAGAAGUCUCUUCAGUACAUUCAGAAAAUAAACGCCUUAGGAAACCCAGCAGAAGACUCAUAGAAUGGACUGAGGAAUACGAUCAGAUAUUUUCCCUGAUAAAGAAGCCGAAGCAGAGCACUGCAGCAUCUGGAAAGUUGAUGUUAGGGUGGUGUUUGGAUCCAGGCUCUGCGCAGGAGUCCCAGUGUCCUGUGGCGGCUGCCCCCUCCCCAUGUCCCGGGACACCCCCUGCGCCUGAGAGUGCACUGAGCCGGGAGCAGGACUCCGCCCCGCCAGGCUCCUCCAACCCAAAACUGCACCUGGAUGACAAGGGCCUGCUGGAGACAGAGGAAUGUGGCUCAGGAUACGAUGACAGCUCGUCAUCAACGAAGGAGGAGGCCUUGCCGGGUGAGGGGGAGCUCUCUGCCAAUAAGAGGCCGCCAGGAGAGAAAGGGGGCGUGGCUUCCAUGAAGGAGAACGUGUGCCAGGUGUGUGAGCAGACAGGUGAGCUGCUCCUGUGUGAGGGCCAGUGCUGCGGGGCGUUCCACCUGAGCUGCAUUGGGCUCUCCUGCCCCCCCCCGGGCCGCUUCCUGUGCCAGGAGUGCACCUCCGGUGUACACACGUGUUUCGUGUGUAAGAAGGUGGGACAGGAUGUGAGGCGCUGCAUGAUUCCUGUGUGCGGGAAGUUCUACCAUGGGGAGUGCAUCGCCAAACACGCCCCCACCACCCCGCUGGGCCGCGGCUUCCGCUGCUCCCUCCACGUCUGUCUGUCCUGCUACAUCGCCAACCCCGCCAACCCCUCCGUCUCCAAAGGGCGUCUGACGCGGUGUGUGCGGUGCCCGGUGGCGUAUCACGCCAACGAGUACUGCAUGCCGGCCGGCAGCGUGGUCCUGGCCAACAACAGCUUCCUGUGUCCCAACCACUUCACCCCCCGGCGCGGCUGUCGAAACCACGAGCACAUCAACGUCAGCUGGUGCUUCGUCUGCUCCGAAGGGGGCAGUCUCCUGUGCUGCGAGUCGUGUCCGGCCUCCUUUCACCAGGAGUGUCUGAAUAUGGACAUGCCCGAGGGCAGCUGGUACUGCAACGACUGUCGGGCGGGGAAGAGGCCGCACUACAAGGACCUGGUGUGGGUCAAAGUGCCACGAUACAGGUGGUGGCCUGCCGAGGUCAGCCACCCCAGAAAUGUUCCCGAUAACAUCCUGCGCAUGAAGCACGACGUGGGCGAGUUCCCGGUGCACUUCUUCGGCUCCAACGACUACCUGUGGACCUAUCAGGCGCGCGUCUUCCCCUACAUGGAGGGGGACACCAACAACAAGGACAAGAUGGGGAAGGGUGUGGACCCCACCUACAAGAAAGCUCUGCAAGAGGCUGCCAAGCGCUUCCUGGAGCUUCAGGCGGAGAAGGAGCUGAGGCAGCUCCAGGAAGACCAGAGGAACGUGAAGAAACCGCCCCCGUACAGGCACAUAAAGGUGAACCGACCAAUCGGAAAGGUGCAGAUCAUCACAGCCGACCUAUCGGAGAUCCCGCGCUGCAACUGCAAGGCCUCGGACGAGAGCCCGUGCGGCGUGGACUCGGAGUGCCUGAACCGCAUGCUGCUGUACGAGUGCCACCCGCAGGUGUGCCCGGCCGGCACGCGCUGCCAGAACCAGGCCUUCGCCAAGCGCCAGUACACCCCGGUGGACAUCUUCCGCACGCUGGCGCGCGGCUGGGGGCUACGCAGCACCCACCACAUCAGAAAGGGGGAGUUUGUGAGCGAGUACGUGGGAGAGGUGAUCGAUGAGGAGGAGUGCCGGGCGAGGAUCAAAAACGCGCAAGAAAACGACAUCUGCAACUUCUACAUGCUGACCCUGGACAAGGACCGGGUCAUCGACGCCGGGCCCAAAGGGAACCAGGCCCGCUUCAUGAACCACAGCUGCCAGCCCAACUGCGAGACCCAGAAGUGGACGGUCAGCGGGGACACCAGGGUGGGGCUCUUCGCUCUCACCGACAUUCCCCCAGGCACAGAGCUCACCUUUAACUACAACCUGGAGUGUCUGGGCAGCGGCAAGACGGCGUGCAAAUGUGGCGCUCCAAACUGCAGCGGCUUCCUGGGAGUCCGGCCAAAGAACCCGCCCUCGUCGGAGGACAAGCUGAAGAAGAAGAAGGUUCUGGUGAAACGCAAAGCCCCGCUGGAGGUGGCCCGGCUGCGGGAGGACGAGUGCUUCAGCUGUGGGGACGGGGGCCAGCUGGUGUCCUGCAAGAAGCCCGGCUGCCCAAAGGUGUACCACGCAGACUGCCUGAACCUGAGCAAGCGGCCCGCAGGUCGCUGGGAGUGUCCGUGGCACCAGUGUGACGCGUGUGGGGGGGCGGCGGCCUCCUUCUGUGAGAUGUGUCCCAGCUCCUUCUGCCCCCAGCACCAGGACGGGCAGCUCUUCUUCUCCAAGCUGGACGGGCGUCUGUCCUGCAGCGAGCACGACCCCUGUGGCCCCCACCCCCUGGAGCCCGGGGAGAUCCGAGAGUACCAGCCCGACCCCGCCCUGCCCACGCCCCCCCCAGGCCUCCCCAGGGAGAUCCGAGAGUACCAGCCCAACCCCGCCCUGCCCACGCCCCCCCCAGACCUCCACUCCACCCGCUCACCCUCCAGGAGCCCCCACGGGUCCCACACUGCAGACAGACCCCCCCACUCUCCCACCUCCUGUAAGGAUGUCAAGGAAGAAGAGGAGGAUGACGAGGAACACGGAGAGGAGGAAGAGGAGCAUGAUGAUGAAUGCGGAGAGGAGGAGGAAGAGGAGGAUGAUGAGGAAUGUGGAGAGGAGGAGGAUGAAGAAUGUGGAGAGGGGGAGGAAGAGGAGGAUGAUGAGGAACCUGGAGAGGAUGGAGAGUUGGAGAGGGAAGGGGGCUCUGACCAGGUGGAAGGGGAUGGGGGGAGUGAGAAAGGGAAGGUGGAUGAGGGUGUGGUUGUGGACAUGCUGGAUGAGGAUGGAGAGAUGGAUGAAGAGAUGGAUGUUCUGGAUAAGGAAGUAUCAGAAGAGGAAGAAUGAACUCUCCCUGUUGGUCUGUGUGCAGGUGCUGUCAAUCACAGCUCACUCUAGAGAGGGUAGGCUGAACAUGUUCACAACGCUGGCCUGUAGGUGGCGCUGCAGUUCAGUGUGAGGGACUGUAGCUGCUGGAUCUCCCAGGCCUGUGUGUGGUACCCUGAUGGGGUUUGGACAGUAUGUCUCCUCACAUUCUCCAUGUCCUUGGCUUUGCUCUGUAUGUUCUUGUUUUUUUUUCUUCUGUUGUGACCAUGUUUACAUUCACUCAAGCUUUCUGCAAAUAUGGUGACUAUCAUGUCUGGACUGUGUGAAGGGAAAACUGCAAAAAGGUGAUGGAGAAAAUGGCACAAUUAAUAUUUUGGGAAUAACACAUUUUUAUGAACCCGUGUGAAAGUAUUCCUCUGGAUGAAAAGUUUCUCACUGCCUGUUGUACUAAACCAAGGGGAAGUGGUUUAACACUUAAUCAAAGCUUAUCCUCCAAUCGGUCUGUUUGUAAAUGGAAUUGUGUGUACGGAGACACUGGUACCUCCAAAGAGUUCUAAUCAGCUGCAAGGUUCUCUGGUUCCAGUAAGGGGGGGGGAGUGCAGUACAUAUUUUAUUACAUUCCAUGCAUUUUGCAAGGUGCUUCAAGUAAUCACAUUUCUGUGUCUGUGUGUGUGAGAGCGUGUGGAAGUGUGUGUGUGUGUGUGUGUGUGUGUGUGUGCGUGUGUGUACGUGUGUACGUGUGUACGUGUGUGUGUGUGUGUGUGUGUGUGUGUGUGUGUGUGUGUGUGUGUGUGUGUGUGUGUGUGUGUGUGUGUGUGUGUGUGUGUGUGUGUGUGUGUGUGUGUGUGUGUGCGUGCGUGCGUGCGUGCGUGCGUGUGUGUGAGGGUGAGGGUGUGGGUGUGUGCGUGUGUCCCAUUUUGUGUGCAUUUUCAUCAUUUUUUUAAGCUGACAGUGGCAGCUUUAAUGUUACAUUAUUUCAGUGCUGCAGGUGCAGGUGCUCUUUUCCGGCUGUAGAGUUAGGGCCGUGGCGGUCAGCAGCGACCGGAGCCAGAGUUAGCGGGCUGAGCCGCGUGUGACCGCUGCACUACAGCAGAACCACAACAGGUCGCCGCGGUGACGCUGCCUUCCUCCCGACAGCUGCUGCAGGACAAGCCUGAGGUAUUGGCUUAACGGGACAUCACCUCUAAUGGAGCUUGUAUUUUAUCUUAUUUUAAACUGAACAGAAGUAAUCUGCUUAGACUCCACCCACAGCUGGUUAUUCAUAGACCUGCUCCAGUAGCAUUAGCAGUCUGAGCUUCAGUCAGUCAGAAUGACAGGAACAGUGACAGGAAGUCAAUGACAGGAAGUCACCUGGGACCUGCACUGAUUGAGCCAUCCUGGUCCCGGGGAUGGGGAUACGCAUGGCAUCUUGUCCAGUGGCAGUGUGUGGUUCUGUGGGACUGGGCUUGGCUGUGCUGCUUGCCUGUGCUCCAAAAUCAGAGGCAGCCCAUCUGUAAAAAAACAAAAAAAAAAAAAAACAGCUGCAGCAAAUAUUUCAGGAAGCGGUCAGACCACCGUUAUCCCUGCUGCCAGUGGAGAUAUAUGGAAUGGUCAUCCAGUUCCCCUUAAGCAAAAUCUGAAAUAUGAACUAGUCAGCAUUAUCCAGAGUCAGAUUAGAACACCUGGUUAAUAGCCGAUGUGUGCACUGCAGUGAUCUUCAUUCCUGGUCCUGGAGAAACGCAGGGUCUGCGGACUUUUGUUUUUGCCUUAAUGUCAGCAACCAGUUCAACAACAAAACCCAGCAAACCCUUCAGCCUGCCGGGUCCAGGAAUGCAGGUCACUGAUCUUGAAUAUUUAUAUCAGAAUUCAUAACGCACAAAGAAAUGGAUCCCCCUACCUGUACACUGCUGAAAGCUCACCCAGAACCAACUUUGCGUUUGUAGUGAUCUUUCCCUGUUUGUACUUGGUCAGAUUUUCUUGUUUGUUCGUUUAAUUUGACUCUAUGUUCGUGGAGUGCUAGAUGAUUGGCAGGCCAGGCACUGGUGGGCCGGUUCUUCUAGUUCUGGAGCCAGCGGGGGGGGGGGGGGUCAUGGUGCUCGGGGGGUGUUGUGUCUGAAAUGCACACUUUUACACGGGCGACUUUAACCGUGUCCCUCGUGACUGGUUUGACCCACCCUGGUGAAGUAAUGGCAAUGCUGUGGAGUAGAACGGACUCCCCUCUAAUGGCCUGUCUGAACCAGGGGCUCCCAGAUACUUACACUAGUUCAGCUUUAGCCUUGAACAAAAACAUAGUUUUACUCUCACCAUCCUUAUUUGAGACAAUCCAGGUUUGUAAUGAAAUGGAUCUAUUGAAAGUAUGUGUGUGUGUGUGGGGGGGGAUGGAUUACAUUGGUGGGAAAAGGAACAGGCAGCAGAUUUGAUGUGGGUGUCUUGACAAGUUUGUAGUAAACCUGGUGUCCUGAUCACAUUUCAUUUUGGUUUGCUUUAGUUGUGUAGUCAAUUUAGUCAACUUGGUAAUACAAGCAAGCUUCUGCAAUAUGCUAGUGUGAAAAUGUGAACUCUGAAAAGGUUUAUUUAGAUUUUAUUCUGUGUGGUGCUUUUUACGGAGUAUGUAGAACCAAACCCCAAGAGGAACUGAAGAGUCUUCAGUCCUGAGAAAAGUGUUGCUUGGUUUGGUGAGUGGCUAUGGUAUUCUCUGCUGUUGAUCUGAACUGUGAGACAUCUUGCACAUGCACAGGUAGCCUAUAUGUGAACAGGUGACCAUCAGUGUUGCUCCUUAAUCUGUUGCAUCUGUAUUUUACCCAUGAUGGGUAUUUUGUGUAAAAAAAGGCAAUGCAGUCAGUCCAUAGGAGGUCUACUGUUAACGUGAUACAAGCAUUGCAACUCCUGAACAUUUCCAAGUAGUCUGUGAAGAGGUUUAGCGUUUAGGCAAGUCUGUCAUCUUAUGUUCAGUAAGCGCACAUUAGGCCCACAUAAUAUAUGUAAUGUAUAUAAAGUGUGUAUAUAAAAGCUAUAGGCUAUGUGGUCUCAGAUAUUCUGAGGUCUGAAAAGUUGAGUCUGUAAUUAGGCAUCAUCAUCAUCAUCCUAUUCCUGGCAUCCUGAGUGAAAAGCCUUUCUAAGAAAAUGAACAUUUAAAGUCUGUAGGUAUUUGUCAAGACGUGGUAAGAAGAAAUGUUCAUGAAGAUUUUGGUUUGCAUAUUGGUCACUGCGAACGAGCUGUAAACUUUAAUGUCAGCUGCAUUUCAUUCUGUGAUGAGAACCACUUAAUUAAUCUGAACUCUCAUAACUGCUUUUGCCCCUUCAGUGAAUCUAUCUUUUCUUCCUUUCUUAUUGUUAUUAUUAGCUGCGACCACAGCUCUGCAGCUCUGUCUGUCUGUAGCUGUCUGUCUGUCGGUCAGUCGGUCGGUCGGUCGGUCCACAAAAGUAACUUUCAAGGCCGAUUGACCAAGAGGGGGCGUGGUGAUGGGCGUGGCCUAUCACGAAAAGGUGCAUGACUCCCGAAUGGAUUCACAGAUUUGCACAAGAUUUUGUGGAAAGGUUGGUCAUGAGCCAAAGAAGAGGUCAUAUGUUUGUGUGAGGGUGUGUGUGGAUGCAUGCACACAUGGAUGCAUGCACGUGUGCGGUCGCAGCUAUUGUGGAUUUGCGCUUGUUUUUUCUUCUUCUUGUGGCAUCACAUCACCAUGGUAACGCUCCCAAGCAAGGAUAGAUAUGCUGAGAUCAUCACCCUUUGUCCAGACAGAAGUAAUGUACAGACGUGUUCAGUAGAAUCUCACCUGUGCUUAUAUAUAAAUAUAAAUAUAUUUAACGAAGCUGCAGCCUCUAAUCUCAUCCUUCCCUGGGUGUGCCUGCUCCACUGCCUCUGAGUCCCUCCUGAUCCCUCAGCUCAUCCAGACAUUACCAGUCAAACCCACAGUUAGAGAAACUCUGUGGCUCUAGAGAGAAAAAAAUAGAACUGCUGCCUUGUCAGGAUCUCUGAACUGUACUGUAGUGCGUUGUGUACAAUAAAUACCACAGGAAGUAAAAUUUCA